UUUUUAUAAUUUUUUUUAAAUAUGUUUUUUAAUAACAUCCGAAACUGUUAAAUUUCUAGUACGUUUUAAAAAUUCAAAAAUGGCCGAUGCAACGCCACCUAAAAUAUAUGCACUCAACUUCAAUAUCAAAACCGACAUCUCAGAGGAGAUAGUUACAAAAUUUUUUCAAGCUCAAGCUAAUCUGCUUGGUCUGAAGGGUUACAUUCAAAAGGAGGCGGAAAACAAUUACAAAGGGGCGUUGGAAGGUGAUUCAGUUAUAAUAGACAAAUUUAAUUUAGCGUUGGAUGAGGCUGAGGAGUUUAAGAACCAAGACUUUGAUUUUUCCUCGCAAACUAAAGAAAUCCAAACCUUUACUAUGGAAUCUUUCGAAGUAUUAAAUCAACAGUAGCAACCAAGCAGAAGUAAACAAAUUUAAUAGUUCGUCAAAUUGUUGAUAAUUGGAAAAAGUGUAUAUAUAGUACAUAUAUACAUUGGAAUAAUGUACCAAUAGAAAGAAUAAAACUGUUUCGUGUACAAAACAAAUCGAAAGGUAAA